AUGGACGAAUCCAUCCAACCUCAGAUUGUCGACCUCCAAGAAUCCCUCGCAAAUCUCGAAGCAAGCCUCUCCCCAAUCCUCACGGCCGGACCUCUCAGCACCGCAACAUCCACCCUCCCGCUCCUCGACAAAGCAAAGCUCUACGUCCUCGCCACAUAUGCUUUGGAGUCCAUUCUCUUCUCCUACCUCCGGUUAAACGGUGUCGAUGCGAAAGAACAUGACGUCUUCAAGGAACUAGCGCGUGUCAAGGAAUACUUCUCCAAAAUUUCGGGCGCCGAGGGGAGAGGGAAGGGUGCGGCACAGCCGAGAUUAGACAAGGGAGCUGCUUCAAGAUUUGUGAAGGCGGGAUUGGCGGGGAAUGGAAAGCUGGAGGAUAUGGAGGGAAAGGGCAAGCAUACGAGAUUUGAGGCCGCAGGGAAGAGGUUUCGGGAGGCGGAGGACACUGUGCCCGUGGUGAGGGCGGAGGAUGUUGAUGAUGAGGAGGAGGAUGAAGGAGAAGUUGUUGAGGGGAAGGAAGCGGAAGGGGAGGAGAAGAAGAGGAAGCGGAAGACGCCCGAGGAGAGGGAAAAGGCGGCGCGGAAGAAGGCGAGGAAAGAGGCGAGGACGGCGAGGGAGGGGAAGCGGUGGCAGCAUUUGAUGGAGGAGAAGUGA